AUGGCAGAAGCCGCUGUUUCUCUGGUGAUUGACAAGCUGGGCAAUCUCUUGAUUCAGCAAACCGUUCAGCAGAUCGUAUUCCUCAAAAAUGUUCCUGAACAAAUUCAAAGCCUGAAAACAUUGCUGAUCGACAUUCAGUGCUUCUUGAAGUUUGCAGAUGAACAACAAGAUGACAACCUAAUGAUCCGCAACUGGGUGUCUAAACUUAGAGAUGCAGCGUAUGAAUCUGAAGAUGUCAUUGAGACGUUUAUUGUUAAGAUGCAGGCCUUAAAGAAGAAGGGCUUCUGGGAAAAUUUGUCUUGCUUUCCCAAACGGUUAUUAUGUCUCUACAAGGUGGGGAAGAACAUUGAAUCCAUCCAGAAAAAGAUGCUCGAUAUUGAGAAAAGUCGCCUGACUUUUGGUAUUGAUCAAGUUCUUGGAGAAGGGACGAGCACAAGAGGAGAGGAGCUGCGGAAAUUGCUGAGAUCCUCACCUUUCACCGAGGACAAGGAUUUGGUGGGCCUGGAGGAAAAAACAAAUUCGCUGGUUGCACAACUUCUGGUGCAGGACAGCAGCGGCCGAGUAAUAUCAAUUGUUGGAAUGGCAGGAGUUGGCAAAACAACUCUUGCCAGAAAAGUUUACAAUCAUGUUGACGUGAUUGGAUAUUUUAAUUGCCGUGCCUGGGUUUAUGUUUCUCAAAAGUGCAGUGCCCAGGAAGUACUGGUGGGAAUCAUAAAGCAAGUCGAAAAACAAACCAAGGAGUCACUUGACUUGUUGGAAGGAAUGCAAGAGGCAGAUCUGGAGAGGAUGGUUCGGGAGAAACUUCAAGACAAAUGUUACCUUGUAGUUCUUGACGAUAUCUGGGAAGAAGAAGCUUGGGAUUCUCUGGCAGCAGCAUUUCCUAAUGUAAAUAAUGGCAGCAGACUUCUAAUGACUAGUCGCUAUGAGAAGGUUCCUCCGUAUGCGGAUGCUCUAAGCAAACCUUAUAAGUUGGAAACCUUGGGAGAGGAAGAUGGCUGGCAAUUGUUUCUCAAGAAGGCACUUGCUCAUGGUUUGACAUCAGAAUCCAAGUUGCCCCCAGACCUAGAAGCCAUCGGAAGAAAAAUCGUUGAAAGAUGUGAUGGUCUUCCUCUGGCGAUUACCGUCAUAGGACGCCUAUUACAAGGAAAGAGUGAAUGGAAAAGCGUGCUGGACACUCUCACCGACCAGUGGUCAAGGGGCCGGAAAGGAGUUUCAGCUGUUUUGGCAUCAAGCUACAACGACCUUCCAUCUUAUCUCAAGACUUGUUUUUUGUCCUUUGCUAUCUUUCCAGAAGACUUUGUCAUCCCAACACGUAAGUUGUUCCAUAUGUGGAUCGCUGAGGGCUUAAUUCAUCAAAAAGGAGUAGAAGUAUUGGAGGAUGUAGCAGCAGAUCGUUUGGAUGAGUUGGUGUACAGGAACUUGGUCCAGGUGGUGGCAUUGACUGCUAAUGGGAAGGUCAAAAGUUGUCGAGUCCAUGAUCUAUUGCGUGAUUUAGCUGUUGCAAAAGCAGAGGAGGUAAUGUUUCUUAAAAUCUUUGGAGAAAGUAGUAGUAGUUUUCCCCCAUCUAAAUGCCGGCAUCUUCUUGUUAAUUCUUGCUCUGAAAUGCUAAACUAUCCUGGAGAAUUUGAGCACUCAACCCCUCCUCUCCGCUCCUUGAUCUUCUUCAAUGUUGCUGAAGUUAAACAUGAAUUUAAUUUGAGUUUUGCAAGGUUCAAACUACUUAGAGUGCUUGACCUGCAAAAUAUGAAUACCUCGUAUUUACCUGAAGAAAUUGGUGAACUUUGUCUUCUAAUGUAUCUUUGUUUAAGACGCACGAGGAUCAAAAGGCUUCCACUCUCUCUAGGUUGCUUGCAAAAUCUGCAAACGCUUGACAUAUAUAUUGUUGGCUCAGUCGUGGAGGUCCCCAAUGUGUUAUGGAAGCUUAAAAAUCUCCGGCAUUUAUAUAUUCGUGAAACAAUUAAACAUGUACCACUGAAGUUUGAUACUUUGAAGAAUCUCCAAACUCUGUGUGAUGUAUAUCUAGAUACUCUGAUUGGUAACAAAAUGAUGCUGUUAACCAGCAUGAGGAAAUUGGGGGUGUGGAUAGAAAGAAGCUCGAGAAUUGAUGAACUUUUUAGUUCAAUUGCUGAGCUUGAGAACCUUGUCCACCUGGAAUUGGUCAGGUAUGGCGAAGAGGGGUUUCCAUCUUUGAUUGGUCUUUCCCACCUCAAUUAUGUCAAUCGGCUAAGGUUAUCUGGCUGGUUGACUGAGCUACCUAGCCCUCAUAAUUUUCCCCCAAGACUCUCUCAUUUGUCUUUGCUUGGCACAAAACUUGCAGAAGACCCCAUGCCAACACUGGAGAAGUUAGAACACCUUUCCAUUCUGAAACUGAAAAAUGCCUACGCGGGAAAAGAACUAGUUAUUUCAGAUAACCAGUUUCCCAAUCUCACAGUCCUUCAGCUUGAGCACCUGCCUAAUUUGAUUGAGAUCAAAAUCGGAAGAGGGGCAAUGCCACAGCUCAGGUGCUUGCGAAUCAGCAACUGCUACUUUGUAGAAAUGCUUCCUGAAGAGCUGCGGUUCAUGGAAGCUCUUGAAAAGGUGGAGGUAGAGGACAUGCCAAAAAGAUUCAUCACUAGGCUUCAUGGAAUGGAUUCAUACAAGGUCAGUCAUGUCCCAAACAUUAUCGUGACCGGCACUCUUGACCCUACAAUGUUGGGAGGGAAGCUCAAGGCUCGAAGGUUUCAACUUGCUUUAGUUGCAGUUUCUAGAGAAGUAGUUUCUGUUCACCAAUUCUUCUCCAAUUUAGUUUUCAUUAUCAACAUUGUUACUGCAUCUAACAAACGUAAUGAUGAAUUAAAGGAGGCUCAAGCAAUUGAAGUUGCUACUAAGAUUGCUAAUGGUGAACUUGAAACUGGAAGGGAGCUUAAUCAAAUUGGCACUUUAAAACGAACUGGAGAUACUCGUUGGGGUUCUCAUUUGGAUUCUAUUUCUAGUUUACUGAAAAUGUUCAAUGCUACUUGUGUGGUUUUAAGUAACAUUGCAGUAGAUGGAGCAUUACAACAUAAAUCUCAAGAUAUUUUGAAUGCAAUGCAUCUUGUCUCAAGCACAACAAAGCUACUGAAGACUUUUCGAGAUUCGGGAUGGGAUGAUUUCUUGGUGAAAGUUAAAUUAUUUUGUGAGCAACAUCAAAUUGAUAUCCCAUGUAUGAAUGCUCAAUAUAUUGCAAGACGUGGUAGAUCUCGAAGUCAUCAUGAUGAGAUUAGUGUGGGGCAUUAUUAUCGAGUGGAUAUAUUUCUUGCAACAAUUGAUUAUCAAUUGCAAGAGUUACAUAGCAGGUUUAAUGAUCAUACCGUGGAAUUGCUUAUUUUGAGCACUGCUUUAGAUCCUAGAAAUGGAUUUAUGCUGUUCAAGAUUGAUGAUAUUUGUAAACUUGCAGAGAAGUUCUAUCCAAAUGAUUUUAUGGAGCAAGAACUAGUACGUCUAAGAAUAGAACUUCAACAUUUUGAGCUGGACAUUCCAAAUCAUCAUGAAUUGCAAGAAUUAUCUGGUAUUAAUGAGUUAUGUCAAGGCUUGGUGAAGACAAAAAAAUCAGUGAUAUAUCCUGUUAUUGAUAGAUUGAUUCGACUUGUUCUUACUCUUCCUGUAUCAACUGCAACUUCAGAGCGGGUCUCUUCUCUUGGACUGGUUGAGGAGGAUAUUGCGAUUUUUGCUGCUAGCCUUGAAAUUCCGGUGAUUACACAGGUUGCUCCCUCCAUCAACCUCCAUGAUAAAUUAGGGUGA